CACACAUUCCCUAUAAUUUGUCAAAGCCUCCCUGAAAAAUAAACAAACCUCUAGAUACAUAAACAAUAUUUAUACAUAACAUUUACAGCAAACUCGCCGGCUUGGCUCUGCCGUGUGACGGCAAUGAAGGAGCCAAUGAUGCGAAGGCGCACCCUCAUGCUCUGCGAGAAACUCUCACUUCCAUCGGUACGUUAUACAUUCAUAUACUUAGACUUCUCUUCUAUCAAUCACUUCAUGCAUCUUUCAGUUCUUCUCUCUCUUUUCCAUUUUUGAAGUUCUUUUGUUUUCUUCUCUCUAAUUUGAAAGCUAAUGAAUGAAAAUAUUUGGUUCCCUGAGUCUAUGUAAGUUGUCUUGAGUGAAACCAUCGUUGUUGUUGGAUCAUCACUUUGUUUUUUUUUUAAUUGGUGUGACAUGUAUAUAGAAUUUAUAUGUUGAGCAAAAUAUUAACUUUGGGAGGCCAAAAACAGUUUCAAGUGAUAGAGAUAAACGCAGAUGUGGGAUGUGUUGCUUGUCAAGACAGAGUCUCUAAGAUUGUCUCCAAGAUGACCGGAAUCGAAGAGUACGUGGUUGAUUUGAAGAAGAAGUUGGUCAUGGCACGAGGUGACUUUAGGCCACGUUUGGUUUCUUCUCAACAACAAGUCAAGGACGUUGUCUCUCAAACUCCUUCUCAAAACGCCAAACGCCUUUUGCGACCUCUAAAAAUAUUCCUUCGUUCCAUUUUCUCUCUUUGUUUACGUCCAACUACAUUAUAACAUCCUCACUUACUACAAAACGCAUCAAUAGUUGUACAAAGUUAUUAAUAUCUAGAGUGAUUUUUUUGUGGUACAUAUCAUAAAUUUGUCUUUUCUUUUAAAUUAUUUUGUUGCA